CCCGAGGCCGGAUGGGCCGCCGCGCCGACGCCCCCUGCCGGCCGGCCCGCGCCCAACGCUCGGCUUGUGGGACGCCCGCGGCCGGAUGCCCUCCGUCCGCUCCCUCCUCGGCCUCUUGGCCGCCGCCGCGGCCUGUGGCGGUUUCGCCUUCCUGGGCUAUUGUAUUUACCUCGACCGGAAGCGGCGCGGGGACCCCGCGUUCAAGCGCCGCCUGCGGGACAAAAGAAGAGCAGAGCCUCAAAAGGCUGAGGAGCGGGGCACGCAGUUGUGGGAUCCAACGAAGAAUAAAAAGUUGCAAGAACUUUUCUUGCAAGAGGUACGGAUGGGAGAACUUUGGUUAUCUAGAGGAGAGCACAGAAUGGGGAUUCAAUACCUUGGCAAUGCCCUUUUAGUGUGCGAGCAACCACGGGAACUUCUGAAAGUUUUCAAACACACUCUCCCUCCCAAGGUAUUUGAGAUGCUGUUGCACAAAAUUCCCCUUAUUUGCCAGCAAUUUGAGGCAGACAUGAAUGAACAGGAACGCUUGGAGGAUGAUCCUGAUUGAAAAACAUUUCAACGUAUCCACAGUCCAGUGAGAAUACUAUGGUACCAUACAGUAUAAACAACUGCUCAGUGAUAUUUCCAUUUAUUUUACUUUGAGUAAUAAAAAUUUUUCUAUCUCAUACAUGAUUGAACACAUAAGUUGCUUUAAAAUUAACAGUCACAAUUGAAGAAACAAUGGUUUAUUUUUCUAAUCAAGUGACCAAGCUGCUGAAUCAUAAGGCCUCAACAAAUGUUGCAUCUUAUUAUUUCAUUGAACAAUAAGACCUUCUAUUGUGAUUAUUUCUGGUAAAUAGCAAUUUUGUUUCUCCAGCGGUUUCCAUUUGCCAAACAGUCAUGACAGAUGGUUGAACAUGGUGGCUACUGCUUUCGGGGGAUUCUAUCAGAUGAGUCCUCAUUUCCAAUAAAGCAGCUGUUGGCAAUCUUUCAUCAAAAGUUCAUCCAUCAGGACUUCUCUAUCGUGGUUGCCCAAGGAGUCCUGCUUUGGCUGCCAGGGCUUCAUUCUGCUGAAUAUGAUAUUCCUGAAAUCUCAUGGAUAUUCUUUGUGUCAUUUUUAAAUAUUUCUGUAAGCAAUGUUCUGAACAGGUGGUCUAGGAAUGAAAAGGGAAGAUCCAAGAGGCAACACAAAAAUAUGAAUUUUUAAAAAUGCAUGUAUUCUAAAAGAAUCAGUGGGGUAGUUUGCUUUUCUUUGAAUAUAUCUGAGAAUUAAAUAGUACUAAUUGGCAGCAACUGACCAUAGCUUUUAAUUGAUACUUUCAUUCACUGACAAGCAUUAAUAUAUAUUGAAUGCCUGCCAGUUUGUAGUCACUAAGAGCAAUGAUAAGUCUCUGUUUUCAAAAAGCUUCUGGACUAGAUUUUCUGCAAGUGUAUUAAGUGAAAGCCCACAUUCCUGUCUUCUUGUUUCGAUUAUUAAAAUGUAGACCCAGUA